AUAAAUCAAAAAAGCAAUAGAGAUAAUAGACCUGAGUAACUAAGUAAAUAACUCAAAGGAAGAUUGACUCCUUGAGUGAUGACGUAACAGGUUAAAGGUCCAGGCAGAGAUAUCAACAGCAGGCAGCAUAGCUCCGUCUGGUAACUUAGCUGUGUAAAGUGUAACAAGAAUAAUGGCAGCCACUGCUAUCUAUGUAUAAAACACUGCCUUGCUUUUCAAUCUACCGGACUGUCAACUGUGAAAAGGAGUAACCAUUGGAUGAAGGUGCGUGAUCAGGAUGGCAGGAGUGUUCGACAUAGACUUGGAGACAGAGGACAUCAGUGAUACAGAGGAUGAUGUCUGUGACUUCACUGUGACAGAGCCAGAGAAUGUUCAGACAGAGGAAGUGGAGCUGACCAGUGAGAGCGUCAACAGAGAUAGUGAGAGAGUUGGACCUGAUUGCUUUGAGCUUCUCACUGUGCUGGGAAAAGGAGCGUAUGGGAAGGUUUUCCAGGUGAGGAAGGUUCAAGGUGCCCAGAUAGGGAAAAUAUUUGCCAUGAAGGUCCUGAAAAAGGCUAAGAUUGUGUGUAAUGCCAAAGACACGGCCCAUACGCGAGCAGAGCGUGAGAUCCUGGAGACGGUGAGACACCCGUUCAUCGUGGAUCUCCUGUACGCCUUCCAGACUGGGGGAAAACUCUACCUCAUACUGGAGUGUCUGAGCGGAGGGGAGCUGUUCAUGCAGCUGGAGAAGGAAGGCAUCUUCAUGGAGGACACUGCUUGUUUUUAUUUAGGCGAGAUCACACUGGCUCUAGGUCACCUCCAUUCUAACGGGAUCAUUUACCGAGACCUCAAACCUGAAAACAUCAUGCUCAAUCACCAAGGACACAUCAAGCUAACUGACUUCGGCCUCUGUAAGGAAUCCAUUCAUGAUGGAACCGUCACACACACCUUCUGUGGCACCAUAGAAUACAUGGCUCCAGAGAUCUUGACCAGGUUGGGUCACAACAGAGCAGUAGACUGGUGGAGCCUGGGGGCCCUGAUGUACGACAUGAUGACCGGAUCGCCUCCAUUCACAGCUGAAAACAGAAAGAAGACCAUUGAUAAGAUCUUGAAAUGUAAACUCAACCUGCCCCCAUACCUGACCAUCGAUGCCAGGGACCUCAUCAAGAAGCUGUUGAAGAAGAAUCCAUCCCAAAGACUUGGCUCUAGCAAAGCAGACUGUGCUGAUAUUCAGAAACAUCCAUUCUUCAAGCACAUCAGCUGGGAUGACCUGCUGAACAAGAGUGUGGAGCCACCAUACAAACCACAGCUGCACUCGGACGAGGACGUGAGCCAGUUUGACACCAGGUUUACCAGACAAACACCAGUGGACAGUCCAGAUGACACCUCACUCAGUCACAGUGCAGAGCUUGCCUUCGCUGGCUUCACCUACGUGGCUCCUUCGGUCCUAGAGAGUCUGAAAGAAGGCUUCUCAUUCGAACCCAGAACACGGCCUGUACGUCGACACAACAGCAGCCCACGCACACCCAUCAGUCCUCUGAAAUUUUCCCCAGCCGGACCCUUCAAGUCCAGCAUCGACGGAGAGUCAGACCUGUUCUCUCCCAACUCUCCACCAACAGCUCCAGUUUCCGUGCCGCUGGAGAACGGAGCUGCUAGUCAGCCUAUCAGGACCCCUGCCAGGAACAAGAAGCAGAAGGGACACCGGAGAUGAAGACCUUGGUCAGAUUAACAUUUUCUCUAGUAUAGGUAACAAGGGUCAAGGCAGGGAGCUGUGUUUUGAGUUUGCUGGUAUCAUAUUUUAUUUGAAGUGGUUUAACUUGGAGUCACUGAAAAGCCAACGUUUUUUUGAAAUUGAAAUCUUUGAAAAUGAAUACAGUACUACUUGGAGCAUACUGUUUGUCAUAGUGACUAUCUACAGGUAGAUUAAUCACUGGAGCAGCGUGGAAUUUCCAUGCUUUUAUUUUCCUCAAGCUAGUUCAAAGAACUUUAGUCUUAUUGUCUAUCACAGAUGAUAAAACAGACUUGACUGCAUAAAGCUUUAAUUUACAACUUCAUUAUGUCACUACAGAUCUGUCCCACUGUGGCACUAAUACAUGGGAAACACUGAAAAUAUUUUAUUCAAAUAGAACUAGAAAGAGAACAACAGAAGAGUUGAUAAACCAUUGAUUUUUCUUCACCAAAUUACCUAACUCUAUCGUGAGCAGUCGAGGUCAGCUAAGUGACUGAUUGAUUGGUAACAGUGUUUCAUUUUGUAUGUACAUGGUAGUAUAAUUACAGAAAAUUGAAGCUAUGAUAUAGAGUUUUCUGGGGUUUAAUUAGUUCAUCAGCUUUUAAUUAGUUCAUCAGAGUUUGUGCAAAGAGGUCGCCUAUCAUAGGCUGACGUUUUAAUUAAGAUAACUGAUGAAGGUCCACUUGAUUGAAGUCUUUUCCAUCACGGGUGAAGUGUGAAACUGACCUUCAGAUGUGAGGUUAUCAAGUAACUUGUGGCUACACAACCCGAAAGUAGUGAGAUUAGUUGUAUGUUGGGGUGGAACUGUAUCAUAUAGGAAUCUACUGAAUGAAAUGCUACAUCAGACAAAAAUAAUGUAUGUAAAUAAUGUAUCCAUGAAUGCCAAACUUGAUCUGUAGUGAACAUUUCUUAGAAAACAUGGCAACUAUCAUCGGUUUCUCAAUUCUCUGAGCUAUCUUAUCAGAGAAUCUUCAUGCCUACUGCCAAUGUUUUUCACAAAUGCUAUCCUCUUGUUGUACAAACGGACCAAUCACAUUAGAGUGGAGUGCACUUAACAAGAGGGAUAUACUCUGUGUUAAUGUGGAUAACCGGGAGGUUUUCAUCCUCUUAUCAUCCUUCCUCAAAUUAGCGCCUGUAUAGAAAUAAAAAAAGACCCGUGUUCACAUAAGGAUAGACAUCCGUACAGUCAGUACAAUAAACAGUCAGAACAGGCUGUAAAAAGAGGUGCUCUAAGAAAACAGAGGUAUAAUCUUGUAUAAAGAGUAUUUUGGGUUACCGAACAAACCUAUUUUUACAUAUGAAACCUAGGUCAAAUAGUAUUUAAAAAUAAAAUCUUCAAAUUCUAGAUAUUUUGAUGUGUUUGUUAUGGCCUGACAUACCUGUAAGGGGUGAUGCUGGGUUAAAUCACCACAAGCAACCUCAAUCAAACACUUAAUUCAGCACUUGGAUGGAUUACAAAGAGGUUAUAAGGUACUUUUGAUGCCAAAAUGUUUUAAGCUCUUUGAUUUUUUUUUUUUUUUUUUUUUGCAUCAAAAAGCUGAGAGGCAAAUGGACUAUAAGGGCACAUGUCACUAUAUCUUCUAUUACUGCAGUUAGAAAAACAGUGAAGCUUGUAUGUGUCUUAAGGCACUAUAACACGGGCAGCUCUUCAAGGCAGCAGAGACAAAAUAAUCUUGAGCAGUGAUUGUAAGUGCAAAUGUUACAAAUUAAUUUAGGAUAACAAAAUAUUAAUUUAUUGGCCAAAUCUAUAAUUAAUACAUCUUUAAAUUAUUGUUUCCAAUCCAGUGAUGUAUGUACAAUUUUUAAAAAAAAAAGACAUUUUCAUGAAUAGGAUUGUUUAAGAUCCUCAACAUUUCCUUACAUCUGUUGGAUAAAUCACCAAUUUUCUUCAAUGCCUUGUGAUGUCGACCAGGAUCUUUACUGGAGAAUAAAGAAUGUAUUUACCAGGUGAAAACUAUCCUUUGCAACUUACGGAGACUCAAAGUGUUCAUCUGUGUUAAUUUGACUCGGACUUUUUGGCCAUUUGGAGACAGCGCGACAUCAUAUGAAUAUAUACAGACACAAUAUUUAGUAUAAAAAUUAAAUACUGAAAUAAUCCAAUGCAUUUUUAAUGGUAGUCAGUUCAUUCUAGGGCUUUCACUUUUUGAACUAAUUUCCACCCUCCCCAUUUAAAAAUUAACUAAAAUUACCAACAGAAUGUGAAGAAAUAAUAGUUUGACAUUAUGUCAAAGACAUCUAUCUACUGUGUAGCAGAGAUAUCUACUGAAGUUAGCAUGUUAACCAGCUAGCCCUGGCCCACCCUAAUACCACUUUGUACCUCAAGAGGCGAUAGUGAGUCACUGUAGCGUCCAGUCUGCCCUCAGUCUAACAUGAGAGUAAGAAAUAGUAGCACUUCCUCUUCGAGGUUAGAUUUAUUCAAGCUAACAUUAGCUCAAUAUUAGCACUGAAUUGAUAUUGCUAUCCUACAUAGUUAAAGUCCUAGUUACCUAGCUAGCUAACAGAGCACUUAUAAUGCACUAUUGAUUUGGCACUAACAUAGCGUAGCAUAAAGGACACCCCAUAUUUCUGGUGAUAUGCUGCCCCCUGGAGUGUGGAGUAUGAAUUUGACAAUUCUUACACAUUGCACCUUUAACAAUGAAUGACAACAGCUAUAUUUUCAUUUGUCUUUUUUUUUUUUUUUGUUUUGUUUUUUUUCUUAACACCAGCCUAACAUCAUUCUUCCAGCAAUCGAAUGUCCAAUAGCUUUGAACUAAAAAUGCAGCAAGCAAGGUAAAACGUACAACUCACAGGCAAGCCGAACAGCCCGACUUCAUUGCUAUUGCAUAUUAGCCAGAAACAGACGUCUAUCAACUUGAUCUGGAUCAAGUGCGGCUCUCUUUUUAUUUACAAUAUUACCUGCCGAUGAGAACACCUGUUCAGAGUGUACAAAGGUUCCUGGUACACAGGUAUGAACGAGUCAGCUUUGAGAGUUGUGGGUAUCUAUCGCACCCUGUAUCUCUCCACCAAAGCAACCUCCUGAAUGGUGUCCCCCGUUUUUAAAGCCCCUUCUGCUGGAUCACAAGGCAAACUACUUCAGACAAUCUGUUGCGCUUAUGGCCUGUAAAUUUUGAAUUCGAACAGGUUAUUACAGUUCGAAUAUUACAUUUUUUCCCACAUUUGAAAAAAUGUUUGAAUUUUGCAUAAUUAGCAACAGCCCUAGCUCAGUAGCCAAACACGUGACUGGCCUUGCCCAGUUUGUCUUGAGUGACAGACAAAUACUUUGUGAUGAAAAGUGGCACAAUGAAAUGAAACAGUCACUGGGGUUGUUUGAAAAUGUUUGAUGUGAAAGCACACUUUGGAAAAAGGUCAUUUUUAAAUAAAAACUGAACACUUUGGGUCUCCAUAAUAUUGAGAUUGAGUUGCCUUUUUUUCCCCUUUUCUCAAAAGGAAGACUUCCAUUUUUCUGCUCCUGUUUGCAGGUCUCUCCUGCUCAUAGCGGUAGGAAACUGGUCUGACUCAGAAUGUCUUCCUAUCUUCCUUCAUUAGUACUGGAUAUAGCGUGUGUACAUGUUUGAUGCUGGGCUGUGAACAAACAGUUUGUACUCUUAACACUGCAGUUCAUAUCUGUAAUGACACUGUAACUAUACAGUGACAAAGUAUGUUGUACUGUUUUAAAUCACGGUAUAAUGCCAAGAUAAGUGCACCCAGGGCUGUUUUUUUUGAAUGAAAUCUAACAACUUGCUACAGUCUCAUAAAAUAUGCAGUUGGACAGCAGGAACAGCUGUUAAUUGUGUUGAGUUUUGUAUAUUUAUUUACAUAAAUAAUUAAAAAGUGGUAUACACAGUGCUGUGGAAGGAUUCUACACCUCUUGAGUUAAUAGGAAUUUUACAAAUGUAUAUUCUAAAAAUGUGAUUCAAAGAUGAUUGAGUGGACUUUAGCUAAUGUUUAUGAUCAUUGCUGCAUUUUUCUUUUGUGUCAUAUGUUCCUUCUGCUAACUGAUGAAGUGUUGAGAAUAAAAAUAUUGAUUGCUGAA